GAUCUCUUAAGGCCCGUUAUGGGUAAUCCAUCGCCCGACUAUAUAAUAAUCGCUUUAAUUAGGGUUUGCAUUUUGGAACAAUCACCACCAAGUGGGAGCUGAAGUUGAAGCCGAGGCCACGCCAUGGGUAGACGACCUGCAAGGUGUUACCGUCAAAUCAAGAACAAACCUUACCCAAAGUCAAGGUUUUGCCGUGGUGUUCCUGAUCCUAAGAUCAGAAUUUACGAUGUUGGAAUGAAGAAGAAGGGUGUUGAUGAAUUCCCAUUCUGCGUUCACCUCGUGAGUUGGGAGAAGGAGAAUGUUUCGUCAGAGGCAUUGGAAGCAGCUAGGAUUGCUUGCAACAAGUACAUGGCUAAGUUUGCCGGAAAAGAUGCUUUCCAUUUGAGGGUGAGGGUGCACCCUUUCCAUGUUCUGCGUAUUAACAAGAUGCUUUCGUGCGCUGGAGCUGAUAGGCUCCAGACAGGAAUGAGAGGUGCUUUCGGGAAACCUCAAGGCGUGUGUGCCAGAGUCAGCAUUGGUCAGGUCCUUCUCUCCGUUCGUUGCAAGGACAGCAACAGCCAUCAUGCUCAGGAGGCCCUCCGCCGUGCUAAGUUCAAGUUCCCUGGCCGUCAAAAGAUCAUUGUCAGCAGGAAGUGGGGAUUCACCAAGUUCAGCCGUGCUGAUUAUGUGAAAUUCAAGUCAGAGAACAGGAUUAUAGCAGAUGGUGUCAAUGCCAAGGUAUUUAUUUACAUCAAAACAAUAAAUGGGAUAAUUAAUAAUGCAAAUUUUUCUUUGACUAAUGAUAUGCUGUGCUUUGAUUGUGCAGCUUCUUGGAUGCCAUGGUCGUUUAGAUAACCGUCAGCCUGGAAAGGCCUUCCUCACUGCUGUCUAAGGCUAAAUUCAAUAGCUGUUUUCUCCCAGUCAGGACUGAAAUUUGACGCAGAAAUGAAGAAUCUUUAUAUAUAGAUUUGCAUUGUUUUGUGUGUUAUUGCCAUUUUACUCUUACUAAAUAAGACCAGAGAUGUUGUCUUUACAAUUUGCACUGCACAUAUCGUGCGUAAAUAAUAUUAAGUUACUAUUAUUUUGUUGGCCUAAA